UCCGACAUGGCGUCUGAUAUUUCGUUGGAAGAGAUAAAGAACGAGAAUGUUGAUCUUGAGAGGAUUCCUGUGGACGAAGUGUUUGAGCAGCUGAAAUGUACAAGAGAAGGACUGACAAGCGCCGAAGGAGAAAAGAGGCUGCAGAUAUUUGGACCCAAUAAGCUUGAGGAAAAGAAAGAGAAUAAAGUGCUAAAGUUUCUGGGAUUUAUGUGGAAUCCUCUGUCAUGGGUCAUGGAAUCUGCGGCAAUCAUGGCCAUUGUUUUGGCCAAUGGAGGAGGCAAGCCGCCGGAUUGGCAAGACUUUGUUGGUAUCACUGUGUUGCUCAUCAUCAACUCAACGAUUAGUUUUAUUGAGGAGAACAAUGCAGGCAACGCUGCUGCUGCUCUGAUGGCUGGUCUUGCCCCAAAAACCAAGGUACUGAGGGAUGGGAAAUGGAGUGAACAAGAGGCAGCAAUCUUGGUGCCAGGAGAUGUUAUUAGUAUUAAAUUGGGAGAUAUUGUACCAGCAGAUGCACGUCUCUUGGAAGGAGAUCCUCUCAAGAUUGAUCAAUCUGCGCUCACUGGUGAAUCCCUUCCGGUAACCAAGGAGCCGGGUGAUGAGGUUUUCUCCGGCUCAACCUGUAAGCAAGGCGAGAUUGAGGCUGUUGUCAUUGCUACUGGUGUUCAUACCUUCUUUGGCAAGGCAGCUCACUUGGUUGAUAGCACCAACAAUGUUGGUCACUUUCAAAAGGUGCUGACAGCCAUUGGUAACUUCUGUAUUUGCUCCAUUGGUAUUGGAAUGCUCAUUGAAAUCGUAAUCAUGUAUCCGAUCCAGCAGAGGAAAUACAGAGAUGGAAUUGACAAUCUGUUGGUGCUUCUCAUUGGAGGUAUCCCAAUUGCCAUGCCUACAGUCUUGUCAGUUACAAUGGCUAUUGGGUCUCACCGCCUUUCGGAGCAAGGUGCCAUCACCAAGAGAAUGACUGCCAUUGAAGAAAUGGCUGGGAUGGAUGUUCUAUGCAGUGACAAGACAGGGACUCUCACCCUUAAUAAGCUUACAGUUGACAAGAGCUUGAUUGAGGUAUUUCCAAAGGGCAUUGAUAAGGACACAGUUGUUUUGAUUGCUGCCAGAGCUUCCAGAACUGAAAACCAAGAUGCCAUUGAUGCUUCAAUCGUUGGCAUGUUGAGUGACCCCAAGGAGGCAAGAGCUGGAAUCUCUGAGCAACAUUUCUUGCCCUUCAACCCUGUGGAUAAACGCACUGCUAUUACUUACAUUGACAACAAGGGUGAUUGGCAUAGGUGCAGCAAGGGUGCUCCUGAGCAGAUCAUAGAUCUUUGUGAGCUUAAGGGAGAAACGAGGAAGAAAGCACAUGAAGUCAUUGAUAAUUAUGCUCAACGAGGACUUCGCUCCCUUGGUGUUGCUCAGCAGACAAUCCCAGAGAAGACCAAGGAAAGCUCAGGAUCACCAUGGGAGUUUGUAGGUCUUUUGCCCCUUUUUGAUCCACCAAGGCAUGACAGUGCUGAGACAAUCAAGAGGGCACUUGACCUUGGUGUCAAUGUUAAGAUGAUCACUGGUGAUCAGCUUGCCAUUGGCAAAGAAACCGGUCGCAGACUUGGCAUGGGCACCAACAUGUAUCCUUCAUCUUCUCUUUUGGGAGAAAGCAAGGAUGAGUCCAUUGCUGGCCUUCCAGUUGAUGAGCUUAUUGAGAAGGCGGACGGGUUUGCAGGAGUGUUCCCUGAGCACAAGUAUGAGAUUGUCAAGAGGCUCCAAGAUAGAAAACAUAUCUGUGGUAUGACUGGUGAUGGUGUCAACGAUGCUCCAGCCCUCAAAAAGGCAGAUAUUGGUAUUGCAGUGGCUGAUGCAACUGAUGCCGCCAGGGGUGCUUCAGAUAUUGUCUUGACCGAGCCAGGACUUAGCGUGAUCGUGAGCGCUGUGCUGACAAGCAGGGCAAUCUUCCAGAGGAUGAAGAACUACACCAUCUAUGCUGUUUCUAUCACAAUACGUAUUGUGUUGGGAUUCAUGCUUGUGGCUCUUAUCUGGAAGUUUGAUUUUGCACCAUUCAUGGUCUUGAUCAUUGCCAUCCUCAAUGACGGAACCAUCAUGACCAUCUCCAAGGACAGGGUCAAGCCAUCUCCAGUGCCUGACUCAUGGAAGCUCAAGGAGAUCUUCGCGACCGGUGUUGUUCUUGGAACCUACAUGGCCCUAGUGACCGUCCUCUUCUUCUGGCUGGCUCAUGACACAGACUUCUUCAGUGAAAAAUUCGGUGUGAGGUCAAUCAGAGAGUCAGAAGAAGAGCUCAUGGCAGCUCUCUAUCUUCAAGUGAGCAUCAUCAGUCAAGCACUCAUCUUUGUCACCAGGUCAAGGAGCUGGUCUUACGUCGAGCGCCCUGGUUUCUUGCUCAUGAUUGCCUUCCUCAUUGCACAGUUGCUGGCUACAAUUAUUGCUGUAUACGCAAACUGGGGAUUUGCCAGAAUCAAGGGCUGUGGAUGGGGAUGGGCUGGAGUGAUCUGGGUUUUCAGUGUCAUUACCUACAUCCCUCUUGAUGUCCUUAAAUUCAUCAUCCGCUAUGCGCUCAGUGGCAAGGCCUGGGAUAACCUUCUCCAGAACAAGACUGCAUUCACCACAAAGAAAGACUACGGCAAAGGAGAGAGGGAGGCUCAAUGGGCAUUGGCUCAACGUACCCUCCAUGGCCUACAGCCACCAGAGGCUGCCUUGUUCAACGACAAGAACAGCUACCGCGAAUUGUCUGAGAUCGCAGAGCAGGCCAAGAGACGCGCUGAGGUUGCCAGGCUGAGGGAGCUUCAUACUCUCAAGGGACAUGUUGAGUCAGUGGUGAAGCUCAAGGGUCUUGACAUUGAAACCAUUCAACAGCAUUACACUGUGUAA